UACGACGUCCCCUCUUCUGCUCACCAUCGCGCCGUGAAGUAGAUGUUUUGGUGAAAAAAUACGGUGUUAAAAAGGGACGUAAACACGUUUAAAACAUGGCAUUUCGACCGACUGGGACCUAAAGCGGCGUAGCGACGCCCAGAGGGAGGUAUUAGGCGAAGGUUUCGGUUUAUCUUUAUGUCGUAUUCCUCCGCAUGUCCGCUUUCUUCGUAGAUGGUCUCCGGCGAGCGUUGUCUGGCGGCGGACGACGAGUUCUCGACGAGUAAUAUGAAGGAGAUGAUCGGAGGUUGCUGUGUUUGCUCAGACGAGAGAGGCUGGGCGGAAAACCCGCUGGUGUAUUGCGACGGACAUGGCUGCAAUGUCGCCGUGCACCAAGCCUGUUAUGGAAUCGUGCAGGUGCCCACGGGUCCCUGGUUCUGCAGAAAGUGUGAGUCUCAGGAGAGAGCAGCCCGUGUGAGAUGUGAGCUGUGCCCUCAUAAAGAUGGAGCCCUCAAGAGGACGGACAACGGAGGCUGGGCUCAUGUGGUUUGUGCCCUUUACAUACCUGAGGUGGAAUUUGCCAAUGUGUCGACCAUGGAGCCCAUUGUUCUCCAGUCUGUGCCACAUGAGCGCUACAACAAGACGUGUUAUAUUUGUGAGGACCAGGGCAGAGAGAGUAAAGCAGCCACUGGAGCCUGUAUGACCUGCAACAAACAUGGCUGCCGACAGGCCUUUCAUGUCACAUGUGCCCAGUUUGCAGGGUUGUUAUGUGAGGAACAAGGAUCGGACGCAGACAAUGUCAAGUACUGUGGAUAUUGCAAAUACCACCACAGCAAAUUGCGAAGGAGCAGGGGACGUGGUAGUAGGUCUCAAAGCUUAAGUGACUCUUCCACUCAGUGUAUGGAUAGACCCCCAGACACGGACAAGAAGAAACACAAAGAGCGAGACAGACACAAACCAAAACACAAGAAGAGCUCCAUGGACAUGUCCCCCUCCCUCGUCCUUCCAAACAUCAUGGUCCCAGAGAAGCCCUACAACAGCAGCAGCUCAGGUGGAGGUGUCACCUCCCUACCAGCCUCCUCGCAGAAGCGACUCGACGACAGCAGCGCCCGCUUCACCAAUGCCAACUUCCAGGAAGUGUCAUCCGCUCACACCAGCGGCAGCUCUAAGGACAGCUUGGCCGCAGACGCUGGGAAGGUGGCGUCGGAAACGAAGAGCAAGAAGAACAGCGGCCCAGGUCACGCUGUGGGACAGAGGGGCGGCCGCAAGUCUCUCACCUCCUCAGGGAAACCCCUCCCCUCUGCCGUGGUCACCAUGGCAACCUCUUCCACAUCUGCCUCUGCUUCCACAGGGCCGUUCCACCAAGGACUCCUGUUGACGAGUGCAAGCAAGACGCCCUCUGCCUCUUCCUCUUCAGAGUUUUUAAGUUUUUCGGAUCCAUCGCUGCGUCCCGGGGGCGGGACCACUUUCUCUUCCCCGCCAACCUUCAGCAGCUGCCUUGUUAAGCCAAGCUCAGAGGGCGGGGCUUCAGAGGGAACCACAACGCUUUUUGGUUCUCUUAUGUCUGCCACUGCAGCAUCUGCAGUGGGCGGGAAGCUGUAUGAGAAUUCCCACAGUCACACAGUGAGCGAGACGACAAGCCUCAGUGGGUCCGCUGGCUACAAACGGCCCCCGCCCUCCGGCUCAGGCUCAGGGAUCGGAGGAGCCGCCGCAGGAGGAGGGGAGGACGGGGCGAAGAAGAAAAAGAAGGGCAACUGGCGAAACAGAUUUGGGCCUUGCUUCUCCACAGAUGUGAAGCCUUUGGAGCCGGCUCCCUCCCUGACUCUCCCCGCCUCCUCCACGGCCAGCGCCCCCUCCUCCUCCACCGCCUCCCCUUCCUCCUCGACAUCCUCAACGCUCUCGGGCCGGCCAGGCUUGGUUUCCAGCAGUGGAUUAGGGAUUGGGGUGGGGGGUGGAGGAGCAGAGAGGGGGCUGGGGGUCAUGGGUGUCAGCGGUGGGAUUCAGAAGUCCCCGUCACUCCUCAGGAACGGGAGUCUCCAGAACAGCGGCUCCACCACCGCUGGGCCAGGUGUUUUCUCUGAUGGGUCAGCAUCAGGGACAGGCGCUGUUGCCGUGGGUGGAGCCAGUUCUGAGUUGUCACAGCAACAGCAGCCCACACCCUCGCUGGCCCCUCCCUCUCCAUUCACCGCCACCGCACCGCUAACCAGCACGGCCUCGACACAUGUGAGCGGUCUUCCAGGCUCAGUCUUCAACCUCGCUCCCUCCCACAUGUUUGGAAACCGGCUCAACCCAAACUCCGCCAUGGCAGCUCUGAUUGCCCAGUCCGAGGCCUCUCCGGCAGAUCAGGAGGUGGUUGACGGCAGCAGCGGCGUCGGAGCUCAAGGCUUCUCCGUAAGAGCUUCUCCAAAGACCACCCCGCGCUCUCCCAUUGGUGGCCUGCAGAUCCGCUAUGACUCCUCGGGGUCGUUGCCGGGGCCAGGGUUGCUAGGGGCGGGGGCAGGCGGAGACGCGCUGCCCCCGGUGGCCACCAGCAUAGAGCAGCUCCUGGAGAGGCAGUGGAAUGAAGGGCAGAGCUUUCUGCUGCAGCAGGGAGCGAAUGGUGAUGUGGUGGGCAUGUUGAAGUCGCUUCACCAGCUGCAGGAGGAGAACAGACGGCUGGAGGAGCAGAUCAAAACUUUGACCAUGAAGAAGGAGAGACUGCAGCUUCUCAGCGCUCAGUUAUCAGUGCCUUUCACCCCAUCCACAGCCUCCUCUGAUGUGAAAGGAGCCCACCUGGGGGCCACUGACUCCUCUUUACCUGCUGCAGCUCAGGACAGCACGUCGUGCGGAGGCCACAGCAGCAGCGGCUCCACUUCCUCUCUCUCCACCCCUCCCUCCGUCUCACAGAGCCCCCCCCAGCCCCAGCUAAAUGGCGUCCCAACUGCGGGAACCACCCCAGCCGGGCUUGGCGGGGUGGCAGGGCUUAUGGGUGCUCUGGGUGGAGGGGGCACGCUGGGCAUGGGGGGGAUUGUCGGAGCGUUGAACGGCGUGAUCCAGACACCGGGGGGCACCGGCAGUCCUCACGCGCACACUACAGCAGCAGGUGUCACAUUACCUGUUAAUAACAGCUCGACAACUAGUAAGAGCAGGCUCGGUCUGCUGUCUGAGCAGCAAAGACUUUUUCUGCAGCAUCAACAGCUCCAGCAGCUGCUCGCCUCUCAGCCUUCAGCGGAGCAGCAGCAGGUGCUGCUCUACCAGCUGAUGCAGCAGCAGCAGGACCUCCAGCAGCUGCAGUCCCUCUCCUCCUCUGCCCAGAUUCCCUCCAUCCCGCUCUCCUCCGCUCAGCUGCCCAUCAACAACCUGCUGCCCGCCACCCAGGGCCAAGGUGCCAUCACUACCAACCCCUUCCUGGCGCUGCAGCACACACACGCUGACACGCACGCCUCGGGGGCGCAGAAGCCGCGGCUCGCGGAGAAAGCCGUGGGCGUUGCAGGGCAGGAGAAGACAUGACGGCUGAUGCUCUUUUGGUCGUUUUUCUUCCUUUUUAAUUUUUCUGAAAAUAAAUAUGCAGAGUUUUUGGGGAGAUCAGACUGUUGUUGUAGUUGAGAAAACACUGACAGCAGAGAAAUCUGUUCAUUCAGCAUCACACAGUAGAGAGUGAUGCCUUCAUUUGCAUUUGUAGACCUCACCAGGCUUUAUUUUUUUAUCAGGUUACAGUCUUAACACAGCAUUGUGUGUUAAUUUUUACUAUUUAUUUCCAUCCAGUUUUUAGAUUUUUUAGCUGUAGUGCUGCUUCAGGUUCUUCUUUUCACUGUUAAGAUGAUUAUUUUCAUUUGAAGUCACUGGUAGCAUCUUAGCACGUUUGUCUCGUCUCCACACUUUAAUCAGUUUGUCUUCUCUUCUCUUCUUGUGUCAUGUCCAUCUUCUUCAUCCUCCACGCUCACAUCCCUCUUUGUUUUGUCUCUGCUGUCUCUCUCAGGGGCCUCGGCUAUCAGCACACAAGCUAGCACAUACGCAGAACUACAAAUCUUAAAAUAAAAAAGAAUAGCAGAAAUACAUGAAUCUAAAAAAAAUACUGCGCUUCUCUACCACAGGACUUAACAGAAGCAUCUUUCUCGCAGCGGUCCCCUGGGGGGAAAUGUUGUUUGAGGGUGUAGUGAAAAUGUCCCACAUGUUGUUGCCUCUCUUCCUUUUCUUUGUCUCCGCUUGUGUCGAUCCUUUAAUGUCAGUGAGCCAAGACUCGAACAUGGUCACCGCAGAAGCCUUGCUUUUUUGACUGUCUCUUCUCUGGGCCAGAGACGGGGGGCUCACUCAGGGAAGUGAAAAUUUAAAGAUAUAUAUACAUGGAAACGGCUUGUUGAAUGUUUAGAUCCAUGCAGCACAGACUCAAAAAGAAAUAAUAUGCAGUUGGUUAUCAGCUGGGAAAGUCGUCACGUUUCAUGUUUCUGAUUGAGCCCCCUGCUGCACCUACCUCUCGAGCAGGACCAGCCUAGCAGGACCUAAAAGGCCGACAGCAGCGGCCGCUUAAACCACAUACCCAUUUAAAAUAAACAAAAAAAAAAAGCAGUCAGGACUGGCCAAUCAGGGUCAAAAACCCAAGUGCCUGAGGCCAUGGAGGGGGGAGGCGGGGCUUGUUUUCCCUUUACCUGAGCCGCUGUCACUCAGCCCCGCUCUUCACAACUCUACUGAUGUAAUUAAGCUGAGGUGUACUGUCUCUUUAAGAAAACCAGGAAAACUAAUUCUGCUGCAUUAUCUAAUAUCAAAGCCAACUUUGUAUUGUGCUUUUUAUUUAUUGGGAGUUUGUAUAACAGGCAUAAGAUGAUAUUUUAAAAGCCUGCUGGUGUUAACUUCAUUUUGUACUACUGUGUAAAGUUUUGUUUGUCUUGUUUUUCUCCUCAUAGUUGAAUCUGGCUGUAAAUCCUUUUAAUAAUCCGUGUUGUGUUUAGAAGCAACUCCAUAGUUGGCUGAUUUUGGGGAGGGGGGGCAGCUGUAUAUAGAUAUUGGUAGUGGGGAGGAAGUGUGUCACAGAGGCACAGUUUUUACCUCGUUAAGUGUACAUAGACCUUUCUCAUUGGCCGUUGGUGUACAUAAGUGAUUGUGAUUGGCCGUGAUGGUGUGAAGGAAAGCCAGUGAAGCCUCUCUUUGUGUGUGUGAAUCAUUAGGACCAGACAGAAAACAAACAAAAAAAAAAGGUUGACGGUGACUGGA